AUGACUCUCAAAACAGUGAUCGUUACAGGAGGACUCAAUGGAAUUGGUUUAGUAAUUUCGCAAACUUUGAUUUCCAAACAAUUCCGUGUCGUCGUGGCUGAUAUUGCCAUACCACCCACAACAUCCGAACAAAACAAUGAAUCUGCAACACCUUUCAUCAAUCCAUUCGAAAAAUUUGAUCCAUCCAUGUACCUUCUAAUUCAUUGCGAUGUUUCCAAAGAAGAUGAUGUGAAAAAUCUAAUUGAAAAAACAAUUGAAAAAUUCUCUCAUUUGGAUGCAAUUGUUAACAAUGCAGCGGUUUCACACCCUCACUACCAUGCCAAAGAUAUUACUGGGCUCUCUUUGGAAGAGUGGAACAGAGUUGUAGGGAUCAAUUUAACAAGCAUCUUUCUUACCACCAAAUAUGGCGUUCCUUACUUGAAGCAGUCUCAAGGAUGUAUUGUUAACAUUUCAUCAACUCGAGCUUUGCAAAGUGAAGCAAACACUGAAAUUUAUAGUGCAACAAAGGGAGGAGUGCUUUCCUUGACACAUUCAUUAGCCAUUAGUCUUGGACCUGAAAUUAAUGUGAACUGCAUUUCUCCUGGAUGGAUUGAUGUUCAGUCACAUCAAGUCGGAAAAGAGAGGCAAUAUGAAUUAAGAGAAGGUGAUCACAAACAGCAUCCUGUAGGAAGAGUUGGAAAGCCAGAAGAUGUUGCAAAAUUGUGCUUAUUUCUGAUUGAGGAUGGUUGCCAAGACGGAAGCGGAUUCAUCACAGGACAAAACUUUGUGAUCGACGGUGGGAUGACAAAGAAAAUGAUUUACAAUGGAGAGCCAUGGUGGAAAGAGGAGUAA